AUGUCUCGCGAUACACAUGCGCCAAUCUUCUCAUCGCCUUUGAAUCCUUCAUCUUCCGAGGAUGGCCAAGCCAAGCGGACCAACAAGCCUCCCCCCAACCCAGCUUCGGCUCGGUGCAAACGCAUGCCUAGCCCGUCCCAGAGACUGAUGCGAAAGAAAGCCGCCGAGGCUUGGAAGUCAGAGGCCCUCCAGCGCCAGGUCGCUGAGUACGAGCGCCAAACAUUGGAAGCCUUAUCAGCCAAGAGGCCAUCCCCAGCGCGAACCUUAGCACACAAACCCAAAGGCCUGAGGGAUCCCCAAGAAGGAGACAAACCACGGCGGAAAAGCCUGACUGAGCAGUUGCCUUUCCUCCAGGGUCUGAGUCUUGGCAUAAUGAUGCCCGAUAGAUGGAAUCGGCCCGUCAAUCCCAUAUGGGUAUUUUCGCCCAAAAAGACGAAAUAG